AUGUCCAACCUUGUCAGCUAUGCGACGGUGAGGGAGCAGCAAAAGAACGCUUUCACUCGAGGUCCAGGGCUGGGGCGAACAGAUAGGCCAUCAUCCAAAGCAGCGACUAGCCCCAGGAAUCAAGCAAAUCAAGCGGCAGCGAGCAAGAGCAAGAAGCUCAAGUCGAUGAGCGUGGACGAGAUUAUGAAGAAGUUGAGGCAUCUCAUCUCCAUCAUAGGAAAGACUGAGUGGAACAAGCACAUCAGGUCAUUUGAUGCAGACAGGGAUGGAAUUAUCACUUUUAACGAGCUCAUGAAGUCAAUGAAAUCUCCCUUGGUUCAUAGAAACUUUAGCGUGAGCGAAUCUGAGAUGUUGAUGUUCUGGAACGCCAUGGAGAAGACUUUUGAAACGUCCAACGGAGUUGCUCUCAAGGACCUCAACGCUUUCGUUCAGAAGGAUGAGAUGGAGGCGUAUGAAGCUCGGCGAGGAGCAGCUGGUAGAUCUCCCCCCGGGGGGAUGAAGGUUUUGAACCAGAUGCCGAUGCCCUUUGAAAGCGACAGCACGAGAGAUCCGCCUCAAACCUCAUCAACUUCCUCGAACAUCGGAAAUAACCAAGAAAAUGGGUUGUCACGCAUGAGCAAGUACAAGUUGGACACGUUGCGGAUAAAGUUUCGAUCUGGGGCGUCGGAGAUGAAAAGAGAUGACUGGAAAGCUUUGUUGCAAGACCACGACAGAAACCUGGAUGGAAUCAUUCAAUUUCGUGAAUUUGUCGCAAGUAUUCGCGAUCAGUCUACUGAGUUCUUGCACAGCUUGUCUUCGUGGACUGACAGAGAACUGGCGGAGAUCUGGAGAUGUGUGGACGUGAAAGGGGAGGGCGUUCUCAAGAUUGAGGAGCUCCUCGACUUCUUCUUCUCUCAGGUCUCUUCAUCUUCCCCGCAGCAAGAACAAUUUCUCUCUCCUCUCGAUCUUCCAUCCCAGGAAGGUGGAGGCGGCAAGCCAAUCCUUGUCGCGCCUGGAACUGUUUUGUCCUCUGCACAGUUUGAAGGAGAAGCGGCGGGGACGUUGGAUCUGGGAGGAGAUGCAAGUGCUCCCGUCAUUGAGCGAAGAGAAGAUCGAGCAGUGGAGUCCAAGAAAUUCAUUGAAGGGAUCGAGAAGGAAACAAGCCUGUUGGAGGAAGAGCUGAGAAUCAAUCGCUCUGAAAUCUCAUGCCUGAAGCAUUCGGAGGCGGUACUUAUGAUGUGCUUGCGGAGCCUAUUGACCCAUGGCGAAGAAGCCAGUCCGCUCGACCAGCAACCCACAACCUCCCGCGAGGUCGCAGCGGUCGCAAGUCAUUUGCAGCAGGAGAACAGUCGCCUUCACAACCAGUGUGUGGCUGCCAGGAGGGAACUUAGCAUUCUCCGCCACCUCACAAAGAAAGCUCUGUCCUCCCGAGACUUGACCAGCGAGCAGGAGGAGGCGAUGAAACUUGCCGGCCAGAUAAGAGACGAUGAAAGCUCCUCGACGAGGCAAGAGAGGGCGAGGGACGCGCAGAGCGUCAAGGCGGAGCAUCUCCUGAGCACCAACGAGAAGCUGUGGGAUAUUGAGAAGCAUGUCAACCAGCUCGAGGAGAAGCUCAGGGCCCAGCAGCUCUCCUCCUCCUACCUCAGCAGACCCCCCGAUCUCUCUGACAGGAUGCAGGAAAGGAGCAGACGCGGGGACGAGCAUCUGUCCAUGUCGCAAUCGUCGCCCAACUUGCUUGGGCCUCGAGAUGGCAGGGAGGAGCCAAGGCAAAGCGAGCAAGCAGAAGCAGAGCCGAUUGUGUUGAGCUUUACACCAAAAGAAGAAGAGAAUUUCAGUGCCACAGUCAAAGAGAGCGAGAGAGUCAGAGACGAAGGAGGCAGAGUCAACAGCAGCGAGAAGCACAAUGAAAGCAAAGAUGAUGACACUUCAAUCAUGUCUGACAAGUCGGCGGUGGAGAGAAGUCUCCAAGCAAGGAUAAAAACCUUCAGCAACUGGCCGUUUGUUGACAAGCUGGGCUAUCCCUCCGUUGAGCAGCUCGCUGUGGCAGGAUUCGUGUACAACCCGACAAAAGAUGCGAGAGAUGGCACAACCUGCGUUGAGUGCUCCUACGUGCGAGAACUCGCAGUACCUCCUGGCUUGCACGAGACUUCUCGCGAUCGAUUCUCGGAGGCCGCAGAAUCAAGCCCUGUCUUGGAGCAAGAGGCACAGGUACCACAGACUCCUCGAAGGCAGGCCAACGAGGAGGAGGAGGAAGGCAGAGCAGCCUCGUCAGAUCCCGUGCGAGAGAAGACGAGAAGAGAGGAGAUAGGGGAAGAGGAGAAGCAGGAGGGGGAGAGGGAGAAGGCCUCCCGUGGUCUUGCGCUAUCACCUGGCUCGCUCGCCCUCCAGCAGUCAAGAAACCUCGUGGAAGCUCUCAAGGAGGACGAGACACAUCUCGUUGACACAGCGAAACAUGUCGAUGCUGGUCCAAGACGCGUUUCCAGUCACUCAGACUUUCAUGAUGUCAGGCCGCGAGCACCUUCGGCACUAACAGCUGAGGCAACAAGCGGUGCUCAUGACGGCGACGAGAAGUUUGUCCCUCCCAAGUUGAAGCAUGCAGCCUCUGUGAACGACUUCGGUUUGCGAGCUCGGGCAAAAGAGGAGGACCAGGACGCCUUUUCUCCUCGCAGCGCCACCAUCGAGCGAUCGAGAAGUCUCAUCCUGCAGAUGGCCAAGGAGGCACAGGAACCCCCCCGCUCGCCUCGUAGACUGAGCCCAGAGGGCUCAAGGAGGCUCAAGCGGAUAAGCAAGGAAGGCAGCAGGAAGGGUUUCGAACAGCCGCAAACAUCCCUGGGGAUCGUGGUUGGGGACAUGCAGGGCUCCAUGCGCCGGCACCUCAUCGUGGAGAAGCUGGAGCGAGACUCGCCGGCAUGGCUCAACGGAAAGAUCAAGGCAGUCUCGCUCAAGCUCCCGCCGUGUUUGAAUCGCAUGCAGGUUGGCGACAAGAUUAUCGCGAUCCUCUCAGCCGAGAUGAAGAGCCCGAUCCACGUGCGAGAGGACAUGGACGUAGCGCAUGUGCAGCAGGUGCUGGAUGAGGGCCCGUCAAAUUCCGAAGUGGAGUUGGAGAUGAAGACCAAGUUUCUCGGAAUGAGCAAAACCUACUUUGUCUCUCUCAUACGCAGCUGA